AUGUGGUACGAGGAAAACGAUCAGUUUGUUCGAGCUCCAACUCCGCAAACAUUCGAUAACCUUGUACAAGAUCUCGAAGGUCGUGAUUCGGUUGUUUUUGAGUCAAUCCGAUUACCUUCAGCUAAUGGACCUCGAGAUAGUACUGCAUCACGUUCAACAAUCAAUCAAUCUGUAUCUGCAAGCACAAAGAAGACAACAACUAUUGCAGGAAUUCCCUUCGAACUCUCUGAUUCUGAUGAUUCUCCCGUUGAAAAUCCACCUCCUCCAAUAGAAACAAGGCCAAUUUUUAAUUCAACAAACGAUAUUGAAUUAGGAAGCACACUCAAAUCUCUUGAUACAAGUGAUUUAGAAUUAUCUUUAAACGCAACUUCGCCAAAUUUAAUUCAUUUACGAGAUCGAGUUCUAGAACUUCAAAGACUUAACGAUGCUAGAGAUCGUGAAAUAGAAAUGAAAGAUACAGAGAUAGAAUCACUUAGAGCGCAAAUUGACAAAAAUCAAGUUAUAAAAAGUCAAAAUCUAGACUAUAAAAGUCUUUACGAGACUGCAUUCUUUGAACUUCAGAGCCUUAAAGAGGCAUUACAAGCUGUUCCAAAGCCAAAGAAGUCAAAAAUGAGAUUUAACAAAGUUGGAAGAUCUGUUAACUACAAAUAA